CGCGCAGUUCUUUUGUUCGACAGUCCUUUUUUGGCUUUGCUUGACAGGCUAGUUCCUGCUCGUCCUUCCUUAGGUCUAUCGCUUUGUUUGCCUGUGGCAGACAAUCCCGACACUCCCUCAUCUUCGUCAGCUUCGUCAGCUUCCUUUGUGUGUGCGACAAAAGCCAUUGUCCGUCGGCUCUGUUCCAUAAAGGAAUCUUGAACUUCAAAUCAGUCCCUACUGCGUCUGACUCGUCUGGUACGAUCAGAAAAUUCACGACAAUCUUUACACUUCUCAUCCUCGACUGUCGAACUGUGUUCACUCGCCAAAAUGUUCUUCAAGUCCAGUCUCGUGGCUGCUGCUCUCCUGGCAGCUUCUGCCGUGGAAGCCCACAUGAUGAUGAGCUUCCCCGUCCCCUACAGCAAGGACACACUCACCAAUUCCCCUCUCGCUGCUGAUGGAAGCGACUUCCCCUGCAAGCUCCGUGACAACGCUUUCGAGCCUCCAGCUGAGCCAAACGAGUUCCCCGUCGGCUCCACGCAGAAGCUCACCUUCGUCGGAAGCGCCACUCACGGCGGCGGUUCCUGUCAGAUCAGUCUGACCACCGACCUGCAGCCCUCCAAGAGCUCCGAGUGGAUGGUCAUCAAGUCCUUCGAGGGUGGCUGUCCGGCUAAUGUUAACGGGAACAUGGCCGGCGGUGCUAGCACGCCCGACCCAUACGCUUUCAACUUCACCAUCCCCGAUGGUAUCUCCCCCGGCAAGUACACCCUCGCCUGGACCUGGUUCAACCGUAUCGGAAACCGUGAGAUGUACAUGAACUGCGCCCCUAUCACUGUUACCGGUGGCUCUUCCAAGCGUUCCGCCGAUGUCGACACCCAAUUCGACAAGCGGUCCUCCUCCUUCCCUCCCAUGUUCGUUGCAAAUAUUAACGGCUGCACGACCAAGGAGGACGUCGAUAUCCGCUUCCCCAACCCGGGUGACGACGUAGCGUACCUAGGUGAACCGUCCAACCUCGCACCGGAAGGCCAGCCCGCUUGCACAGGCACCCCUACCUUCGGCGGCGCAGGUGACACAGCCGGUGCCUCCGGCUCUUCUCCGUCUGGUUCAUCUAGCUCUGGAUCUGGAUCUAGCUCUGCCGCAUCUGUCCCCUCCUCAUCCGUACAGGCACCUGCCCCAGUCUCCACGACCCUCUCCGUCGUCGCCAGUGCCACACCAACAGGAGGCGUUUUCGCCCCCGUCCCUUCCCAGGCUUCUCCGUCUUCUGCCUCUUCAUCCGUCGCAGCCGCCGCACCGACGUCCGUCGUCUCUCCACCAUCCAGCACUCCGUCCUCGGCAAGCAUCUCCAUCCUAACCGGCGACUGCUUGCCAGAGGGCGACUGGAACUGCAUCGGUGGUACUUCCUUCCAGCGCUGCGCGAGCGGGAAGUGGUCCGAGCCCAUACAGCUCGCAGCCGGUACCCAGUGCGCAGUUGGUCAGGCCAAGGAGUUGAAGAUUUCUGCUACGUCUGCUUCUAGUUUGAAGCCGCGGUAUAUGGCUGGUAUGCGUCAUAGUCGGAGACACGUUUCGCAUGAGAUGGUUCAUGCUUGAUUUGGUUCAUCCAUGAACAUUUGGUUACUGACUGAACUCUUAUCGGCUGGUUUCGGUGGAAAAAGAAGGUAUCAAGUGUCUCGUUGGCAAUGUUUGAAAUAAAAACUAUGUGCAUAGCUAGCUAUAUUUAACAUGGAUAGGCAGGGCAGGUCUGGGAAAUUAACUUGGUAGCGUGAUGGGAAUGUUAUAUUUUUCUUCUUCACUUCUUUUAUCCUCUUCGUGGCCUUCUUGGUCCCUUUUUUUUCAUUUCUUCUGAAUUCACUGUCUUCUUACGAUUGGUUGAUUUCUCUGAAAAUCUUGACAUGAUAUGACU